AGUGGCAUCUUUUAUAUGAAUAAGAGGAAUUUUCAUAGAACAAGGCCGGCGCUUGUAAGGGACUAUUAUGAUGUACUGGGAGUGAGUAAGAAUGCAACUGCUUCAGAAAUUAAGAAAGCUUAUUAUGAAGUAUCAUGCGGGAACAUGACCAAUAAAUUGAGAGUGAGAAGCAGUGCAAAAGUAAAAGUUUGGGUUGUGGCAAUAAAUGAUGCGGGACUACGACCACCGGGGGACUGGUGUAUGCCUCACUGUUUUGGUUCUUUUGAUCCUUCUAGGGGGUUAACAGAAUAUGACAGUCAGGUCCAGUGGUUUGUUGAUGGACAAGCUGCAUUUGCUUCAAUUGCUUCUUCUAUUGAAGUAGCAAAAUCAGAGAUAUUCAUUACUGUCUGGUGGCUCUGUCCUGAGUUAUACCUUCGACGUCAUUUUCACAUUCAUGCGUCUUCUCGGCUUGAUUCCUUGCUAGAGGCAAAGGCUAAACAUGGUGUUCACGUACUUUCAGCAUUACCAUGUGUUGUUUCACUUGUUCUAUUUUAGUUUUAGUUAUUUGGUUCAUCAGAUUCACUGAAAUUACUGAUGUCGUGACUAUAGUAAAGUUUUCUUGCAUUAUCUUAUUCACUUUGUAACAAUAUUAUCGCCUGUAAUAGAAAUUGAAGUAUGAUGUUUGACAUAGAAGCAUGGAUCAUCUUUACAUGUCAAUGAUAAUAUGUCAUAUUUUUCGUUAGCAUCAAGAAGUUGAAUUAUUUGGUUCUAAUUAAUAUGCUACAUAUAUUUGUAAAUUUUUUGUGGAGUAGCUUAUCCUAAUUGCUCAUGAUUGUCAACUAAUUUACACUAAUGUAUAGAUCUACAUCCUUCUUUACAAAGAAGUUGCCAUUGCUUUGAAAAUCAACAGUAUAUACAGUAAGCAAAGGCUGCUUAACAUUCAUGAGAAUGUUAAAGUUCUGCACUAUCCUGAUCAUUUCUCAACUCGUGUUUACUUGUGGUAUGAAUUCUUCCACGAAUCAAUCAUCCAUUCCCUAAGAUUUAUUUUUUUAUGAGAAGAUAAUACAUCAUGCAAUUGUGCUUAG